AUGGAAAAGGUUGAGAAUGGCUGCACGGAGCAAAUCCAGAACCAGCUGGACCACCUAAAACGAGUGAAAAACUUAAAAAAGAGGCAUCAGGCACAGGGGGAGCAGGCGCGAGCUGAACUCUUGAGCUUGACCCAGAUGGAGAGGGAGAAGAUCAUUUGGGAGUUUGAGCAGUUGUAUCACUCCUUGAAGGAGCAGGAGUACCGCCUGUUGACCUGCCUGGAGGAGCUGGACUUGGCCAUCUAUAACAGCAUCAAUGGUGCCACCACCCAGUUCUCCUGCAGCAUCUCUCAGCUCAGCAGCCUGAUUGCACAGCUGGAGGAGAAGCAGCAGCAGCCAACCCAGGAGCUCUUGCAGGACGCUGGGGACACAUUGAGCAGGGCUGAAAGAAUUAGGAUCCCUGAACCUUGGAUCACACCUCCAGAUCUGCAAGAGAAAAUCGAUAUUUUUGCCCAAAAAUGUCUGUUUCUGACGGAGAGUCUGAAGCAGUUCACAGAAAAAAUGCAGUCAGACAUGGAGAAGAUCCAAGAAUUGAAAGAUGGGCAAAUGGUUACAGUGGACGUGACUCUGGACUGGGACACGGCCUACCCCAGCCUGGUCCUCUCGGACAACCUGCGGCAGGUGCGGCUCAGCUGCCUCCAGCAGGACCUGCCUGACAGCCCCGAGCGCUUCAGCCUGUGCCCCUGCGUCCUGGGCUCUCCGUGCUUCGUGGCGGGGAGACAUUCCUGGGAGGUGGAGGUGGGAGAGAAGGCCAAGUGGACCAUCGGUGUCUGUGAAGACUUAGUGUGCAGGAAAGGCGGGGUGACCUCUGCCCCCCAGAAUGGAUUCUGGGCAGUGUCCUUGUGGUAUGGGAAGGAGUACUGGGCUCUCACCUCCCUGAUGACUGCCCUUCCCCUGCGGACCCCUCUGCAGCGGGUGGGUUUCUUGGACUACGAGGCUGGUGAGGUCUCCUUCUACAACGUGACAGAGAGGUGUCACACCUUCACUUUCUCUCACCCUGCCUUCUGUGGGCCUGUCCGGCCCUACUUCAGUCUGAGUUACUCAGGAGGCAAGAGCGCAGCUCCUCUGAUCAUCUGCCCCCGGAGUGGGAUCCCUGGGUUCUCUGGCCACGUAGGGAGUCGUGGGCAUUCCCUGGAGGCCUCCCCGUGA